ACAUUUAUGAGCAAAAAUAAGCAACUGAUGUAGAAAGGGAAAGCCUUUCAUUUCAAUUAUACACUCCGUCUUGUGUUGCAGUAUCUGAGAGAAACCCAUCAAUCGAUUUCAUCAGAAAGUAAAAAUCAAAAUAAAAAAGUGGAAGCUUGUUGCUGUCGUUGAUCAAUGGCGUCGAAUCAGCAGCAGGGAAGUGCGGAGAAACCGGCGAAGAGGAAGCCAGUGUUCACCAAAGUGGAUCAGCUGAAACCGGGAACCAACGGUCACACCUUGGUGGCGAAGGUGUUGUCUUCAAACACCGUCUUGAACAAAGGGAGACCCUCCUCUUCCCAAAACCUUCGCCCCACUCUCAUCGCAGAGUGCCUCAUCGGCGACGAAACCGGCACCAUCCUCUUCACCGCUCGCAACGAUCAAGUUGAAUUGAUGAAGCCAGAUACUACUGUGAUUCUCCGAAACGCAAAGAUAGACAUGUUUAAGGGAUCAAUGAGGCUGGCUGUUGACAAAUGGGGCCGCAUUGAGGUAACUGAACCAGCAAAGUUUGCAGUUAAAGAGGAUAACAACCUAUCUCUGGUCGAAUAUGAAUUGGUGAACGUGGUUGAGGAAUGAUUCUGCUGAAGAGUGCAAACAUGGCUUUAUGAUUUGUUUAUUGCACAAUGGAUACUGGGAAGGUGAAACAUAACUGGUGAUGGAUUGGACUGGUAUACGUUCUUACUUGUAUUUAGGCGGUAUUUCCCUUUAACAUGUUUGACAUUUCUUAGGGCUAAGCUUAAGUCACUUGGAUAGUAUUGUCUCAACACUAAGAUUUGCUACUAUCUUUGCCAGCAGCUGUAUCCAAUGGAGAAAAGUAUGAUAUUUUGUUUA